CAAGCAGCAAUCACAAUUAUAACGACUGUUUGCUGAUGCUUUCACACUCACCGCCACAGCUGCAGCUGAAUUCCAUUCCUUACCUCGUGCAACACCACUCCACUCCCUUACAUAUUCCCUUUCUCCGACGAAUCUUCCGCCAUUCACUCUUGCGCCUGGUCACGCCGACCGUUAUACCCCCUCCUUUUCGUCGUUCAUCCGUAAAAUCGCCUCAACAACCCAUCGAAACUGGAUCAGCCUAGAAUACCAUGUAUAUGGACGUCAAAAAACCAGUCCGAUUCUUGCUGUUGAAUUGAUUGCCUGACCAAUGACUCUACAUGACCACCCUGUCCAGGCCAUCGACCUAGCACCGACAUAUUCACAUCGGUGGGAUGGCUAAUAACUCGUGGAGCGCAAAGGGCAAAAUACCGGGAUCUGGGGCAUCUCUGAAAAUAACACCCGCCAAUUCUCCCAUAUUGAGACCGGGUACACGAUCGCCUAACAAACCUUCGCCUCACCAGUCUACCCUGACUUUACAGACCGUCAUCGGAACUACCACCGCUACCCCAAAUGGCUUCUCUUCUCAUGAACCGAGUAGGACAUUUGCCUUGUGUGUAGGUUCUGCGGCGAUACUUGCGCAGGUCGAGGAAGAUGGGAUAGUUAGCCAGCGCUUUUUUCGCGCGCGCCCAACAGCCCUCCCGAUAAACCCGGUGGUGUCGUUUUACAACCAACCCACAAGCCCUGUGACACCAGAUAACCGAUAUAGAUCAAUUGCAAGUAGAGCUGGAGCUGCAGGCGGCUUCACUCCUACUGGCGAUUGGACGGACGGUAGUACCUCACGAACAUGGACAUCGAGGGAGAGAAUCAAGGCGGUGACCAGCGUUGCCAUAAGUCCGAAUGGGAGAUUUCUAGCCGUUGGAGAGACCGGAUAUAAUCCCCGCGUGCUCAUCUUUUCUGCGGCGGCUGACGCAUCCCGCGACAUUCCCCUAACAAUUUUGACGGAGCAUUCCUUCGGCGUACGCAGUCUUGCAUUUAGUUCGGAUUCACAAUACCUAGCGACACUUGGUGACAUGAAUGAUGGGUUUCUAUUUGUCUGGGCUGUCAAUUUGCGAAGUGGCGCUGCCAAACUUCAUUCUGUUAAUAAAUGCACAUCUUUCAUUCGUGAUAUGUGCUGGAUGGGCCAGACGUUGAUCACGGCAGGAAUACGCCAUGUCAAAGUCUGGAGGCUUGAUGCACGGCCGGGAUCGCCAUCCAAGUUACGGCCUAGUGCAGAACCAUAUGUCAACUCACCUAGCACUUCUCCGAAAGCAUUAGCGGGAAGGAACUGUCUUUUAGGCCCCCUUGGCGAACACACCUUCACCUGCAUUGCCAGUGUAUCUGAUUGUGAGGCUGUACUAUGCACUGAUAGCGGCGCGGUCUGUUUCCUGGACGACACCGAAGACGCUCAAAGGCUCUCAGUGGUUCAAUACGUCCCAUUUGGACUCACAUCGGUGACUUGUGAUUCUGAGACUGGUGUAGUCUGGCUUGCUGGCCGGGGAAGGAAGAUAUUCAAGCUGGACUUGGGUUACAUCCGUGAAUCAACGAAAACCAGGUCACCGACUCCAAGUACGACCAAUGAAGUCAACAGCCCCAAAGGCAAAACUCCCACACUUAUUUCUAUGGCGUAUCUGUCUACCCAUAUCGUUACAGUAGACUCGACACGAGCUAUCCAUGUAUGCCCUGUGGAGACAUUUGGAAGCGAAGACGAGGACAGCCUAAAGCAGAGCCUAAUGCCAGCUCAUCGGGAGCCAAUCUUGGGAGUUCGGCCUUUGAAAGAUCCGAACCCUUAUAAAGCUGACUUUUUCACUUGGUCUUGUGAGGGAAGCGUGAACUUCUGGAAUGUUGAGGGGAAAUGUCAGGCUUCGAACAAAGUUGAAAUCGAACAGCUAUCUACAGGGGAAGAUGAGGCAGCAAACGAACUCAAAGUUUUACGAGUUACGGAAGACUUCAACGCAUUUGUAUCAGGUGACCGCUACGGAGUGCUGAGAAUACUGGCUACGAAUCCGUGGAGGUGCAUCAAUGAAGUACGAGCCCACGGCUCCGAAGUCACCGAUAUUGUGGUCCAGUCUGUUUCUGGUCUUUGUCUGAUCGCUAGCUCCGGGCGAGAUCGCAUGGUGCAACUUUUCAAGAAAACAGAGCAGACUUUUGAGCUCAUCCAAACGAUGGAUGAUCAUGUAGGCGCAGUUGGGGGUUUACUCUUUAUGAAUGACGGCGAGCGAUUACUCUCGUGCUCUGCUGAUCGUACCGUGAUUGUUCGUGAAAAGGCUAGUCGAGGGGCUGAUGGGUCGACGACGAUUGCGUAUUUAAUGUCUAAAGUUAUUACGCUGAAAGUAUCACCGAUCUCAAUGACUCUUGCUCCUGAUGACCCUGACACGCUUGUCCUUUCCACUAUUGACCGUCACAUACAACGGUUCGAUGUUUCGUUAGGCCGACAUAUCCAUUCGUUCAAAGCUUCUGACCCUGAUGCAAUCGACGCCGUCGUGAUGGGCUCAUUGACAGUAGCCAGCGAAAUCCCGGCCCAAAGUCCACGUCUUUUAGUCGGUGUCUCAACUACAGACAAAUCCAUCAGAGUCUACGACUUUGAACGCGACACAUUAUUGACAAAGGAAUUCGGACAUUCUGAGGGCGUCAGUGAUGUAAUAAUACUAGAGGGCAAAAAGAGGGACUCGACAAAUGAGAUCUGCCGCACGCUAGUCAGCACUGGCUUGGAUGGGGUUAUCAUGAUUUGGAGUCUCUCGGUUCAACAGCAGCAGGUCCAAGAGCUUUCACAAGUCAAUAUCCGCGAGGAAGAGGAGACGCCUGUGAAAGAACUAACUGCAGCAAAACCGCCUCUUCGCCGUAUUCUGUCUCGAUCCGAGCUGGCUGGAUUCCGACAGGAUAGUCCAUUGGGAACACCAACACCAAUUCGGGAGUCAUCGCCACCUCGAAUACGCAAAAAAACCUCCCGAUACUCUCUCGCCCCGCCGAUACCCAAGAACGGCAGCCUACGUGGCGAUUCACCACCACCUCUACCUAACCUUCGUCGUUCCCCCAUGCCAUCAUUCGACCCCAGACGAUCCCCAUCUCCACCUAGCCCCAAAACCAAGCUUUCAAACGGGGUGGGCCAUCGAUCAAGCAUGACCAACCUCCGCCGCCCAUCCAUCGAUUUCCGCUCCUCAUCACUACGAACAAAAUCCACCGGACCCAGUGAAUUCGGCAGCCUGAACAUGUCCACCGAACAAGCCUGUCGCACUUUACGGGCAUAUCGGAAAAAACUCCAGGGGGCAGGUGAAAAUCCGCGAUGUGCGAAGGAACUCGAACGCGAACUUCAACUCACAAUCCACGCGCUUAAUGAGCGAGCGAAGCGGAACAGCUCAAGUCCGGAUACCGAGAAUGACAGUAGUGAAAAGGAGAAUCAUAAUACCAGUAAUCACAACCACAACAACAGCGCCAACAGCAAUAACAAUAUGCUGAAUAUGGAAAAACGACCUGUCGCCGGCACUACGCCUAAUAAAACCCCAAGACUUGCCAGACGCGUCCCGUCGACGCCACUGCUGUCAAGAACAGGGCCGAGUAAAGCCUCCCGAAGCCGUUCGUGGGAUGCUGAUGGAGAGGGCUGAUACGACGAUUACAUUCUUUCCUCAUUCAAACAUUCUUCCGGUCAUUCAUUCAUUCAUUUCUCUUCUGGGUUCCCUAGUAUUUUUUCUACUAUCGGCUUUCUGUUCACAUAUGACAAGCGGCAACGCAUUAUUUGGCGGGUUGCUCCUUGGUUGUUUGUAUGGGUAUUAUUAACGCGUUCAGGAUUAUUCCAUCAUACGUUGACCAUAUUAUUGAUGCUAUGACGUUGUUUCUUCCCAAUUUUCGUGCCGUCUUUUUCAUUUUGUGGGAUUUGUCUUAUUCGUUUCUUUUCCACCACUUUUUAUUAUUAUCCCUUUUAUAUAGACUAGUUCGAAGAUACCCAGUCCCGCUACUCUGGAUGAGUUGGGAUAUUAUAUUCUAUCAUUUCUU